GAUGGACAGCACUAAUCUCUCUGUGUUGCUCUUGAAUGCUUUCCUCUUAAGCCUGUCUUGUGCUGAGGACGAGAUAGCACCUCUAUCCUGCCCAGAGUACCAAGAGGGCUUUGACGGCUCCUGUUAUGAGUUUGUGGGUCUACCUCGUUCGCGUUCCUUCCUCAGUGCACAGGGUUGGUGUGAGCGAGGUGGUGGACACCUGGCCUUCAUUUUAAACGACGAAACCCAGCAGUUCCUACAGAAGCACCUGCAGCCGGAGCAGGACUGGUGGRUGGGUCUGGCACCUGCCUCCCCAAACCUAACACUGGACUCUGCUGCUGCUGAGGGUCCUCUCUCCUGGCUUGAUGGCUCUGAUGUCAGCUACUCUAACUGGGUYAACGACCCUGAUCCAGGGGCUGGCUGUGGUCACAUACUGAGGAGCUCAGGGUUUCAYUGGGAGGCAACAAGCAACUGUAGCCAGGAGCUGCACUUCAUCUGCCAAUUUGAAUCUGGGCGCUCCAUUGCUUGUGCUGACCACAAUGCGACACUACAGUGUGGUUCUGGUCAGGUGAUAGAGAUUGAUGACAGCUUCUAUGGUCGUAAGACGGUUCACUACUGCCGGACGAGUCCCGCUUCUUCAGCCACCUCCACACAGGAGGAGUGUAGCUGGAUAGAUGUUGUAGAUUCAGUGACAGGAGACUGCCAUGGGCUGCAGGCAUGCCAGGCCACGGCAGAUGUGGCCUCUUUUGGUGAACCAUGCCCAGGGCUUGGAAGCUACCUGUCUGUGGAAUACAGCUGCAAAGAUGGUCUCCACUUAUUAAUGAGCAAGUUGGCUGCCGUCUUUGACAAUGUCUCCAUAACAGUGAAGUGGCUUCUCCAUCCCUUCCAGGGCAACCUGACCUGCACUCUAAGUGCUGGAGAUGGGCACAACAUCGAUCCUUAUAGUCCAGAAGAGUUGGAGAGCAGUGUGGUUCAUAAAUACACUCGCCCGGGUGUCUUCAUAGUUGGGGUGGAGUGUACCACCAGUGAGUGGCAUGUGACAGCUCAGAAAGCCAUCACCAUUCAGGAGCCCAUCGGGGAGUUUGGUGUCAUUAAGUGCUAUAGCGUGAACCAAUCAACAGAUGGAGCAAACUGCAAGGCCCUGUAUGGCAGUCCCCUUCAAAUCCAGGUUGAAGUAGAAGCUGGUACGAAUGUGACCUACAAAAUCCACCGUGGUGAGAUGUUGGUGGCCAAUUCAUCAGCAGUCAGAGGAAUCGUCCCCCACAACAUCACAGUGGGACCAGAGGUGGAGCAACAGCUGGGCUCUGGCUGCCACCAGCUGACCCUGCAUGCCUCUAACGGGGUCUCGGUCUUGGGCGUGUCCACUGAGCUGCAGGUGUGUCUGCUGGAGCCUGUGGAGGGCCUGCUGGGAUCAGUGAUGGCUGAGGAGGGAGAGUGUCCAGACUCAGACCUCUACGUUAGUGUCUCCCUGGACCGGGGGGCCCCGGUGCAGCUUCUCUUCCAAGUGUCUGGAGCCAACGACAGCAUCUCCGAGACCAGAGACAUGCAAAACAGAAGCAUGCAGGUUUACAAUAUCUCAACCACUAUCCAAGGAGCUUUGCAAGUGAAAGUCAGGGCCUGGAAUGUCUUCUCACACAUGGACGUGGAUGUGGGGAACACAGCAGCAGUUUGUCACAAUAAUUCAGACUUUCAGACAGAGGAGCAUAAAAGGCUUCCCCGGGAUAAUGUGGAAAUCACUUCCGAUCCAGAAAGUCCAUCUGACUUCACUCAAAGUGUCACACUUGGGUUAACUGGCUUGAGUGGAGUACCCGGAAUCAGUGAACCUGGGAUACAACUUGAAUGGGAAUGCAAUGAACAAUGUAAAUGCAGAGACAAAACAAACCAGGAGACUCAUGUGAUUACAGCAGCCUGUCUUCCAGACCCAUUUCUUUUUUAUAUAUACAGUUUUACUGUGCAGAAGAAAAAUGGGGCCGAAGUGGCUAAAGCAGAGAAAUGCAUCACUGUUACUCCGCCAGAAUUCACCGAUGUUACCAUAAGUUGUUCUAAUUGUAACCCAGUGAACAUAAACAACGAUGUAACCCUCAAAUUGGAGUGUACCACCGCAAGGAGUUGCCCAACAGUAGUUUGGCAUGUUGAGGACACGAGACCUUUGACAGGAGACCUCAAACACUGCUACAAAAAAGCAAAGCAAAGACCACUGCUACACAGAAUAGAUGGUGGCAAUGAAUACAUGGUGACAAGUGACAAUCUGAAAAAUGCACAGUCCAGAUCUCUGAAUCUCAAUGUGAUAGCGUAUGGUAAGACGACAUCUGGCGUUGUCAAGUACACCAUUCAGAUACCAGGUGUUGCAACACCUGCACCUGUUGCCACUAACAUACUGCCUGCUACUACCUUACCGGCUGCUACCACCAUCCUACCGGCUGUUACUACUCGUCCAGCUGCUACUACCAUACCAGUUGCUACCAUCCCACUGGUAGCCACUACCCUACUGGCUGCUACCACUAUAGCGGCAACUACUACUGUAUCUGUAACUGUGCCUGAAAUAACAGCCCCAACUACCAUCACCAACCUCCAUUCCUGUAUAAUUUCCCCUCAAUCAGGCACAGUUCUAGAUGCUUUCAAUAUCACCUGUGCAACAACCUCCUGCUCCACAGGKAAAUGCCAAUAUUGUUUCAAAACUGACAAAGGUGAGUUGUCUGAAAUCUGUCGACAAUGUAGUCUAUUUCAAGAGACUUUCCCCUAUCAAAGAAGUUAUAAACAUUUGCGCUGCAGUUAUGGAAAUGAAGUAAAGUCAAUCUUCCUACCUCUCGGGAACAAACGUUACAACUACAGUCUGUCUGUGGUGGUUACUCUAACAAAUGGGGAUAGAAAAACCAAUGCCACAAUCACCACUGAGGUGUGGCCAGCCAACUCCAGUUCCUCAGUGGAGAAUCUGCAGUCUGUGGUUGACAACACUGUCGCUCAGCUACAGCAGCAGGGGUUGCUCACUGGGGAGACCCUAGGACAGAUGUUCAAGUCUGUGUCCGACAUUCUGAACAAGGGCUCCAGUGAGGAUCAGAAAGGUGCCAGGGAGGAGCUGCGAGAACAGAUGCUGAGCACCAUGACUGCAGUGCUGAAGAAUGUCCCCAACAACACUCCUCAGGAAGUGCAGCUGACGGCCAGAGCAGUGGCAGGGAUCACCAAGAGGAGGGAAGAGGUCAAUUCCGCUGCUCAGCUAGAAGCUAGCUCCCUGGUGGGAGACCUCAGCUCUUCCCUCCUCUAUAUGAAUGUCAGUGAGCAUGGUGGAGAAGAGAUGGUGCAGGCAGCUACACCAAUUGUAGAGGCCAGCAAUAUCCUGGGAGUCUCUUCAAAUGCAAGCACACAGAUCCUCUUGCCGAGACUUGAAGGCGGGCAGGUAAACAGCACAAUCCUUGACCUGGGAAACUACAGCACACUGAUGAUUGACGUCCCUUCACCAGACAUAACACUGGUGCUAAAGAUGGAGCCCUCAGAGGACAUACCAUUUGUACUGUUGCUGGGGUAUAAAGACUACCCAAAGGACAAGCAAUAUAUAGCCAAGACGCAGAUGCCUCACCAAGGCAAUUCACAAGAGAGAUACACCUGGGUCCUGGGUCCCAAUGAUUUGACAGGAAAAGUUGGGGUGCAUUACCUUGUGGUGAGGCCCAUUGUAGAAGCAGGGGUUAAAUCCGUCAAUGCCACCGUGACUGUGACCUCCAUUGCUGCCCAGUGCAAGUAUUGGAAUGAAACCUUAUCCACCUGGAGUGAAGAUGGCUGCAGGGUUGGUCCUUUAACCACGUCAUUGGUCACUCAGUGCUUAUGUAACCACUUGACCUUCUUCGGGAGCUCUUUCUUCGUCAUGCCCAACCUUGUGGAUGUGUCCCGUACCGCUGAGCUCUUUGCCACCUUCUCAGACAACCCUGUGGUGGUGUGCUUUGUUGGUGCCAUCUUCAUUGCUUAUCUCUUGGUGGUCGUGUGGGCACGCAGGAAGGACAUCCAGGACAUAGCCAAGGUGAAGGUGACAUUGUUGGAAGAUAAUGACCCCUUGGCUGAAUACCGUUACAUGCUGAAUAUCAGCACUGGGCAUCGGCGUGGUGCUUCCACCUCCUCUCAGGUUACUGUGACUCUGCUGGGCAUGGAGGGAGAGAGUGAGCCACACCACCUCACUGACCCUGACAAGCCUGUUUUUGAGAGGGGUGCAGUGGAUACGUUCCUGUUGACCACACCCUUCUCUCUGGGGGAGCUGCAGAGCAUCAGGCUGUGGCACGACAACUCAGGGGGGCACCCUGCCUGGUAUAUAAACAAAGUGACGGUGCAGGAUCUAGAAACUGGACAGAAGUGGCACUUCCUGUGUCACUCAUGGCUGGCCAUAGAUAUGGGCCAGUGCAUCCUUGAUAAAGUAUUCCCUGUUGCCUCUGACACGGAUUUGAAGAAAUUCAGUAAUCUGUUCUUCAUGAAAACGGCAAAGGAUUUCCGUGAUGGCCACAUCUGGUUUUCUGUGAUCAGCCGGCCUCCAACGAGCACCUUCACAUGUGUCCAGCGAGUCUCCUGCUGUUUCUCUCUGCUGCUCUGCACCAUGCUGACCAGCAUCAUGUUCUGGGGCAUCCCUACCGACCCCUCUGAGCAGACCAUGGACCUGGGUCAUAUCGAGUUCACCUGGCAGCAGGUGAUGAUUGGAGUUCAGAGUUCAAUCAUAAUGUUUCCAAUUAAUCUCCUCAUUGUGAGUAUCUUCAGAAACACCCGCCCCCGAGAGACGAAGCCUGGAAAGCCCAAGGCAGAGGUGUCCAAGCAGGGGAAGACUGGCAGAGUGACUCCCUCACAGCCCCCCUCCCCACAGAGGGAGAGAGAACUCACACCAGACACUGUCAUCAAGUCAAMAAUUMCUGUGUUUUCAGAGASCAGCCUGUGUGGGAGCCCUGAGAAGACUGGGGAUGGGAGACAGAAAAGGAGCACCAACAGCCAGUAUCUGUACAGGCAGCUACGCCAUGUAGAGAAGGAGCUGAGCCUACUGGGACCUUCUCGCUUCCCCAACCCAGACAGCUACUGCCGGGCAGUGCAGCAGGUCCAAGGCAUGAGGGGGCUGCUAGAGUCCCACCUCUCCUCUUCCAGCCUGGGAGGGGACCAGCUGUCUCAAAGCCCCAGCCCAGCAGAGAGCAGUGAGGGAGACAGCAGCAGUAAGAAGCAGGGCGGGCUGCCCUGGUGGUUUGUGUUUAUUGGCUGGAUUCUGGUGUUAGCCACCAGCGGAGUAUCAGGAUACUUCACCAUGAUGUAUGGGCUGACCUAUGGGAAGGACCGCUCUAUAAGCUGGCUCAUCUCCAUGGUCGUGUCUUUCUUUGAGAGCCUCUUUAUCACUCAGCCGCUGAAGGUGCUAGGUUUUGCAGCCUUCUUUGCUCUUGUUCUGAAGAAAGUUGAUCAGGAGGAGUAUGGGGAUGCAAAGUUUGAGGGGGAGCUCCGAAACCCAGAUGACCCUGAUGCGGUGCGGGCUGUCCGGAGGGAUAGCACAUGCAGCUUCUACCAGCCCCCUCCUCCAACAGACAUCGAGAGGAUGAGGAGCAACAAGAUCAAGGAGCAGAAGGUCUUUGCCCUCAUCAAAGAGAUUCUCACCUACAUGGGGUUCAUGUGGAUGUUACUCCUGGUGGCGUAUGGCCAGCGGGACCCUAAUGCUUACUUCCUGACUCAGCACAUUCGGCAGAGUUUCAGCCAAGGGAUCUCAGACAGCAUGAGUCACAAAGAUGUGUUCACCUGGGCAAAUAACUCUCUUCUCAGCAACCUCUUUGGAGAGUACCCAGGUUUCAUCACAGAUGGGAACUCCAAACUGGUUGGUAAUGCCCGUCUUCGCCAAGUGAGGGUGCAGAAGAACUCCUGCCGCAUCGCCCGCUCCAUGCGCCAGGCUGUACCUGACUGCCAUGCUCCAUACUCAUGGGAGGUGGAGGACAUGGGCUCCUAUGGGCCAGGCUGGGACCGCUCUGUGAGCGAAAACACCUCAAAGACCCUACGCAGUCCCUGGCAGUACCAAACCCAGGCCAGACUCAGAACCCAACCCAUCUGGGGCAGUGUGGUCCUCUACAGGGGAGGGGGGUUUGUGGUGGACCUGGGCCCGGGGUCACAGAAUGCUAGCAGUACCCUUCAGUAUCUGUUUGACAACACCUGGCUUGAUAUGUUCACCCGAGCAGUUUUUGUAGAGUUCACAGUGUACAAUGCCAAUGUCAACCUCUUCUGCACUGUCACACUCAUGCUGGAGACCACAGCUGUAGGAGCGUUCCAGUUUCGCAGUGAGCUGCAGAGUGUCCGACUAUACCAGUCCACCGGUGGACUCCAUAUCUUUGUCAUGGCCUCUGAGGUCAUCUAUUUCCUCUUCAUCCUCUACUAUAUGUAUGUUCAGGGAAAGCUGAUGAAGCAGCAGAAGUGGGCUUACUUCAAGACAAAGUGGAACCUGCUGGAGCUCGCCAUCAUCCUCCUGAGCUGGAGCGCGCUGUCUGUCUUCAUUAAGAGGACCCUGUUAGGGAACCGGGACAUGGAGUACUACCACAACCAUAAAGACCAGUUUGCCAGUUUCCAUGAGACAGCCACAGCAGAUGCAGUGCUGGGGUAUCUGAUCGCAUUCCUGGUGCUACUGGCUACAGUCAAACUGUGGCAUCUGCUGAGGCUCAACCCCAAGCUACACAUGAUCACAGCCACACUGCAACGMGCCUGGACUGACAUAUCAGGCUUCCUCGUGGUCAUCACCAUUAUGUUCCUGGCCUAUUCUAUCGCUUCUUAUCUAAUGUAUGGCUGGAAGCUGUACUCAUAUAGGACUCUCCUGGAUGCUGCUCUGACCAUGGUCAGCUUGCAACUGGGCAUCUUCAACUAUGACGAGGUUCUUGAUUACAACCCGGUGCUUGGUGCGUUCCUCAUCGGCUCCUGCAUUAUAUUCAUGACCUUUGUGGUUCUGAACCUGUUCAUCUCCGUCAUCCUGGUGGCGUUCACUCAAGAGCAAAUACAUCACAAGCCCUCAGAGGAGGAGGAGAUAGUGGAUCUGAUGCUGAUGAAGCUCUGCAGCUUGUUUGGAAUCAAAAUGAAGAAGGAGGAGAAAGAAGACGGUGACAGCCCCAAGGAGGAUGGCAUGACUGCCUCAGCAACUAACAAAGGAUUCUCCACUAUAUCCUCAUAGAUGUUACUUCUAAGUACUGGUGUAUCACUCUGUAUGUAUUCAUAGUGAGCUGUCAUUUUCAGUUCUGUUGCCUUCRAGGAGCGGUGAUGCAUUUUGUUGACGUGUUGCCUCUAGCUGUUUAAUUAUCUAACAUAUCACGCAUAAAUUAGGCUAUUUGUGCCGUUUUGUGAUCUAAUGCAAAGCUUUAAAAAGAUGUUAGAGGAAAUAACAGCUCCUUCUGUUACGUCACACCGUCAGAAAUACAUAUGUAUGGUUACUAUGGUAACAUGUUAGGAGGAGACAACAAUGAGGAGAGCAGGAUACAAAGAUAAUUCCAAUGUUGUUGUAUUAGUAAUAUGUUUGUUGUGAAAUUAAUAAAAAUGGUUGAACCAUAGCAAACUAGUAUUUUGUCAAAAUUAACCAAAUGAGCUGCAUAAGAAUGAAAAACGAUUAGACUUAUGUGGAGUAGAUAGCCAAUUAGCCAAUUCCCUUCACUCUUUUAAUCCAUAAAAAAAGAUAGUGUCUGACAGGUGGGGAGAAUGAAAAAAAAAAA